AUGCCCUCCUUCGCUUCGUUUGCGGCCGCUAUGGCCUUGGGUGCCGCUGUCGUCCGCGCCCAGGAUGCCAACUUUGACUCCGUCACCACCCCCCCCGUCGGCGCCCAAGUCCCAGCCGGCCAACCCUUCACGGUGACCUGGACGCUGAUCUCGGACACAACGCCCACUGGUCCGACCACGAUCACGCUGGUGGGCGGCGCCUCCUCUGGCGAUUUGAAGCCAAUUUCCGUCAUCGGCCACGUGCAAAACCAGGACUUGAAGUUUGUGUGGAACGUCGACGCCGGCCUGGGCGCCGCCAAGGUGUAUGGUCUCAACUUUACGCUGGACGCGGACAACAGCCACUUCCAGUACUCGAGCCCGUUUACGAUUGUGAGCGGUGCGGCCAAUGGCGGCGGCGGUGGUGGUACCACCGGGACGGCAACCGGCACCGCCACGGGCACGGGCACGGGCACGGGCACGGUGACCGCGACGGAAACGGCCCCAACCAUGGGCACCGGCAGCGCCACGGACACUACGGGGACAACGUCGACGACCUCGGCCACCACGUCGCCGACCGGUGCGGGCACGACCGCCACCGUCCCGACGACCACCGCGGCGCCCACGCACGCCUCCAACUCGACACGCAACAGCACAACCGCGACGGCAUCGGCCUCCAAGACGAGCGCGAAGCCGCCGACAGAGACGAGCGGCGCUACCGGAUUGAGCGGACUGUCGGCGGUGGGUGCGCUGGCCAUGGCACUGGUGGCCAGUGCAGCGAUGCACUGGGGGCUGUAG